UAUGUACUUGUCACUUUUCAUUUUUCAUAAUUUUAAGGCCUUAUAUAUACAAGUCAUUCGCUUCGCCAAACUUGUGUAAAUCUUUCAACACAAAAUGCUUCUCAAGAUCAUAUCGAAUUCUAUCUUACCUUGUUGUCUCAAGCCACAGAGUAGCCAACAGAUUGAGCCUGAGAAUAAAGUCUCUAAGCAGAUUUCUCCGAAAAGAGUGUCGCUUCUGGAUAUGAACAGAAACGACUCUACCGUGUUUUCGGAUAAAAGUGGCCUCCCUGACUCGCUCAUUGCAUGGAAAAACAUUCAGAAUUUCACGGUCGAGGAGCUUAAAUUGAUCACAAACAACUUCUCGUCGUGUAAUUACUUAGGCAAGGGCGGGUUUGGACCGGUUUAUAAGGGGUUUAUAGAUGACCGGAUUAGUACUAGUGGUGCAGCUCAUCAAACUGUGGCUGUCAAGUUGCUGGAUUUGAAUUCGAGACAAGGUCAUAGAGAAUGGCUGGCUGAAGUUAUAUUUCUCGGACAAUUAGCACAUCCGCAUCUUGUGAAGUUGAUAGGCUAUUGUUGCGAGGAUCAAAACAGGCUUCUGGUUUAUGAAUACAUCCCGCAAGGCAACCUCGAAAAUCAUUUGUUCGGACGGUACUCUGAUUCAUUGCCCUGGUUGACGCGAUUAAAGAUUGCAGUUGGAGCUGCAAAAGGCCUCGCCUUUCUCCACGGAGGAGAACAGCCCGUCAUAUACAGAGAUUUCAAAGCUUCCAACAUACUUCUGGACUCGGAUUUCGGUGCUAAACUGUCUGAUUUCGGGCUCGCGUUGGACGGUCCACAAGGAGAUAACACGCAUGUUACAACACGAAUCAUGGGCACCGAAGGCUACGCUGCUCCAGAAUACAUCAUGACUGGUCAUGUCACGACGAAGAGUGAUGUGUAUUGUUUUGGAGUGGUUUUGUUAGAGUUGUUGACUGGAAAACGAGCCAUGGACACGAGUAGACCCACUCGAGAGAGGAAUCUGGUGAGUUGGUUAAGACCACUUCUCCGGGACUCUCAGAGGCUUGACAGGAUAAUGGACCCUAGACUUGAUGGCGCGUACUCAAGGAAAGGGGCCAAAAAGUUAGCUACUCUGGCUUAUCAUUGCCUGAGCCACAAUGCUAAAACCAGGCCGACCAUGGUCGAUGUGGUCAUGACUUUGGAGCCGCUACUGGACUUGAACGAUAUUCCAGUGAACUCCUUUGUAUACACGGUUCCAACACAAGGGGAAUGUACUAUAAUAAGCAAUCAAAAACCCGAUGAAACAUAUACAGGUGAUGAAAAGAAAGAAGCUGAGAAUGAUUGCAGGGAGCAGGUGAACCAGGUGCACAAGAAUUACAUCCUCAGGUCAUCGAGGUCUCGGGGAGCUGUGUAUUCCGAUAGUGUUCUGCAUACAACUUUAGGUAAUGGUUAUGAUAUGCCAAUAAACGUUGUAUGAGUAUUGGAACUUUAGGAUAGCUCUGGAAAUUUGUUAUCAAAAUGUACAUAUAUUUUUUACCUUAUUGUUCCAAUUGUUAAAAUGUUCUUUCAUGUUGA